UGCGAUGUAUGAUGUAUGGUUUUGGGGAUGACCAGAAUCCUUACACUGAGUCAGUGGAUAUUCUUGAAGAUCUUGUCAUAGAGUUUAUCACUGAAAUGACUAGAGUACAAGUACUCCAAGCUGGUGAUGAAUGCUACCCUCAAGGACUGUGACCUGCCAGCAGCUGACAGCUGUGCCAUCAUGGAAGGCGAGGAUGUGGAAGAUGACCUCAUCUUUACCAGCAAGAAGUCACUCUUUGGGAAGAUCAAAUCAUUUACCUCCAAGGUAGAUUUCAGGGCAGACAACUUGAACAAGCUGAAGAACCUAUGUAGCAAGACAAUCGGAGAGAAAAUGAAGGAUGCAGACAACAAAGUAGAGAGGAUUUGGGGGGAUUGUACGGUCAGGAAGAAGUACUCUCAUGUGGACCUGGUGGUGAUGGUAGAUGGCUUUGAAGGCGAAAAGGGGGCUGCGGUGGCUGGGAGUCGAGGGUACUUCUUGAAGGGAGUCCUGGUGUUCCUGGAACAGGCUCUCAUCCAGUAUGCCCUUCGCACCUGGGGAAGUCGGGGCUACACUCCCAUUUAUACCCCCUUUUUCAUGAGGAAGGAGGUCAUGCAGGAGGUGGCACAGCUCAGCCAGUUUGAUGAAGAACUUUAUAAGGUGAUUGGCAAAGGCAGUGAAAAGUCUGAUGACAACUCCUAUGAUGAGAAGUACCUGAUUGCCACCUCAGAGCAGCCCAUCGCUGCCCUGCACCGGGAUGAGUGGCUCCGGCCGGAGGACCUGCCCAUCAAGUAUGCUGGCCUGUCUACCUGCUUCCGUCAGGAGGUGGGCUCCCAUGGCCGUGACACCCAUGGCAUCUUCCGAAUCCAUCUGUUUGAGAAGAUUGAACAGUUUGUGUACUCGUCACCGCAUGACAACAAGUCUUGGGAGAUGUUUGAAGAGAUGAUUACCACAGCAGAGGAGUUCUACCAGUCCCUGGGCAUUCCUUACCACAUCGUGAAUAUUGUCUCAGGUUCUUUGAAUCAUGCUGCCAGUAAGAAGCUUGACCUGGAGGCCUGGUUUCCGGGCUCAGGAGCCUUCCGUGAGUUGGUCUCCUGUUCUAAUUGCACGGAUUACCAGGCUCGCCGGCUUCGAAUCCGAUAUGGGCAAACCAAGAAGAUGAUGGACAAGAGAAAGAAUAAUCUCCAUUUAUCUACACAGAACAAGUUGGAGGCUUCCCUCUUCUCACCCAAGAAGGUGGAGUUUGUCCAUAUGCUCAAUGCUACCAUGUGCGCCACUACCCGUACCAUCUGCGCCAUCCUGGAGAACUACCAGACAGAGAAGGGCAUCACUGUGCCUGAGAAAUUGAAGGAGUUCAUGCCGCCAGGACUGCAAGAACUGAUCCCCUUUGUGAAGCCUGCACCCAUUGACCAGGAGCCAUCCAAGAAGCAGAAGAAGCAACAUGAGGGCAGCAAAAAGAAAGCGGCAGCAAGAGACGUCCCCCUAGAAAGCAGGCUGCAGAACAUGGAGGUCACCGAUGCCUGAACAUUCCUGCGUCCCUGUUUGCUUUCAUUUCUGUCUGCUGAGAUCUCAGAGCCUGCCCAACAGCAGGGAAGCCAAGCACCCAUUCAUCGCCCUGCCCCCAUCUGACUGUGUAGCUGAGAGGGGAGCAGUGCCGUGUACCACACAGAUGUUCCUGUCUCCUUGCAUGGGCAUAGGAACCCAUCACUGAUGACUGAUGAAACCAUGCAAUAAAGCAUCUCUGGGGAGGGCUUAGGACUCUUCCUCAGUCUUCUUCCUGGGGCUUGAACCCC